AUGGUUUCUGUGAGAAAUGAAGGUAGGAGACCUUCUAGUCAGAACUCUGAACUUGCUGUACAUCAAAUAAUCCACACUGGUGAGAAACUUUAUGAAUGUAAACAGUGUGGAAAGGCUUUUAUUACGAGUCGUAAUCUUGCUGUACAUCAGAGAAUCCACACUGGAGAGAAACCUUAUGAAUGUAAACAGUGUGGAAAGGCUUUCUCAACAAAGGGCAAUCUUGCUGUACAUCAGAGAAUCCACACUGGAGAGAAGCCUUAUGAAUGUAAACAGUGUGGAAAGGCUUUCACACUUAAGCACCAUCUUGAGAGACAUCAGAGAAUCCACACUGGAGAGAAGGCUUAUAAAUGUAAACAGUGUGGAAAGGCUUUCAUAGAUAGUCGCUCUCUUACUAACCAUCAGAGGAUCCACACUAGAGAAAAGCCUUAUGAAUGUAAACACUGUGGAAAGGCUUUUACAACAGCGGACUCUCUUGCUGAACAUCAGAGAAUCCACACUGGAGAGAAUCCUUAUGAAUGUAAACACUGUGGAAAGGCUUUUACACGGAAGAGCCAACUUGAUAGACAUCAGAGAAUCCACACUGCAGAGAAGCCUUAUGAAUGUAAAGAGUGUACAAAGGUUUUCUCAAAUAAGUACAGUCUUGCCGAACAUCAGAGAAUCCACACUGGAGAGAAACUUUAUGAAUGUAAACAAUGUAGAAAGAUUUUCACAAAUAGGGACCGUCUUGCUGCACAUCAGAGAAUCCACACUGGAGAGAAACCCUAUGAAUGUAAACACUGUGGAAAGGCUUUCACACAAAGGAGCCAUCUUGCUAGGCAUCGGAGAAUCCACACUGGAGAGAAACCUUAUGAAUGUAAACAGUGUAGAAAAGUUUUCUCAAUUAAGUACAAUCUUGCUGAACAUCAGAGAAUCCACACUGGAGAGAAACCCUAUGAAUGUAAACACUGUGGAAAGGCUUUCACACGUAGGAAAAGUCUUGCCAGACAUGAGGCAGUUCACACUGGAGAAAGACCUUAUGGAUGUAAACAGUGUGGAAAGGCUUUCACAGAUAGUUGCUUUUUAGCUGUACAUCAGAGAAUCCACACUGGAGAAAAACCUUAUGAAUGUAAACAGUGUGGAAAAGCUUUCACAGAUAGCGGCUCUUUUGCUGGACAUCAGAGAACCCACACUGGAGAAAAACCUUAUGAAUGUAAACAAUGUAGAAAGGCUUUCACACGUAAGAACAGUCUUGCCAGACAUCAGACAGUUCACACUGGAGAGAAACCUUAUGAAUGUAAACAAUGUGGAAAGGCUUUCUCAAGGAAGAGCACUCUUGCUUUACAUCAGAGACUCCACACUGGAGAGAAUCUUUGUGAAUGUAAACAGGCUCCUGGGCCGCGCUGGGGCUCCGCGGCCCUUCCUGCGUUCUCUCUCCGCGCCUCGGUGGAGCUCUUCCUCCAAACCCGCGUCUCUGGGCCGCUUCCCCGGUCCUCCCUCUCCCCCGCCGCGCCGCUGGGCCUUUCUCCCUUGCAGGGGAUCCCUUCCCGGGCCGCUCCUCCUCACGUCUGCCCUCCCCACCCUUCUCUGCGCCCCAAAGUCCUCCUCCCUCCCCGGAUCCCCUCGGCCGGGGCUCCACAGACUCUCCAGCACAGCCCAAGUGGCCGCUUUGCUUUCCGGGCUGCCCAUGCGGAGCCCCCAGCUUCCAGCGCGGCGCCUUUGCGCCUCGCCUGGAGACGCGCCUGGUGGGCCCUCGCUGCCCCUCCUGCGCGCUCCCGGGGGCUGGGCUUCAGCACAAAGCCUUUGGACAGCUCCCGCCGCCGGCCACAAAGUCUCCGUAGGCGUCCCUGGCUCCAGGGAAACGGCCCAAAGGCGGCUGCGUGA